AUGGCAGGCCUCAGUCUAUUGAACUUAACAGACAACAAACUGAAUGGCAGCAUCCCUGGCAACCUAGCAACCAUCACUGACUUGAAGGAGUUGUACCUUGCCCACAAUAAUUUGUCAGGAACAAUCCCAGAACUGUUAGGUAAUUCAACAUCACUGCUCCACCUUGAUCUAUCCUUCAACAAUUUGCAAGGUGAAGUACCAAAAGAAGGGGUUUUCAGAAAUAUAACAGGACUGUCAAUUGUUGGGAACAAUGCAUUAUGUGGUGGAAUACAACAACCUCAUCUGCCAAAAUGCACCAAGUCCACUGUAGGGAAGAAAAAGAAAAGCAUGCCAAAGUUUCUCAGGAUAGUGAUCCCUAUAACAGGAGCCAUCAUGCUCUUGCUUUCAGGGCUUGCCUUAGCUGGAUUUUGUUACAGGAAGUCCAAGGUAGGAUUGAAGAAAGAUGAUGAGCAACCUCAAUUAACAGAGAUAGAGCUUCCAAUGAUUCCAUAUAAUGAUAUACUAAAAGGAACAGAUGGAUUUUCUGAGGCCAAUGUGCUCGGGAAAGGAAGAUACGGUACAGUAUAUAGAGGCACUCUAGAAAAUCAUGCUGUUGCCAUAGCAGUUAAGGUAUUUAAUCUCCAGCAAUCAGGAUCAUACAAAAGUUUCAUGGCUGAAUGCGAGGCACUCAGAAGAGUGAGGCACCGAUGCCUUGUGAAGAUCAUUACAUGCUGUUCAAGCAUCAACCACCAGGGUCAAGACUUCAGAGCACUAGUCUUUGAAUUUAUGGCUAACGGCAGCUUAGACAGAUGGAUCCACUCAAAUUUUGACGGCCAAAAUGGACAAGGAGCACUCAGCUUGUCACAAAGGUUAGAUAUCGCAGUGGACAUCAUGGAUGCUUUAGACUAUCUUCACAAUAGUUGCCAGCCACCGGUCAUCCAUUGCGAUCUAAAGCCAAGUAACAUUCUUCUGAAUCAGGACAUGAGAGCUCGUGUUGGGGAUUUCGGCAUUGCUAGAGUUCUAGAUCAAUCAACAAGCAAAAAUCCAAUGAAUUCCAAUAGCUCCAUAGGAAUAAGAGGCACCAUAGGAUACAUUGCUCCAGGUAACUCAGAUAUGCUCAUGUACUUCACAAGAUAGCAUCUAAUUAGCUCUAUGCACAUGAAACAUCUUUUUUAAUUUUGUACAUACCUUAAAUGCCCCAUAUUGUUUCACUCUAUAGCAGAAUAUGGAGAAGGGCUUGCAGUAUCAACUUACGGUGAUGUGUAUAGUCUUGGUGUUACUUUAAUUGAGAUGUUUACAGGAAGGAGCCCAACAGAUGAUAUGUUCAGAGAUGGGAUGAGCCUGCAUUAUUUUGCUGAGGCAUCUCUUCCUGACAAGGUUAUGGAGAUAGCAGAUUCCAAUAUGUGGCUGCAUGAUGGACUAAACACCAAAAAUGAUACAACGCAUAUGACAAGUAUCAAAGAAUGUCUGUCUUCAGUCAUCCAGCUUGGUGUCCUAUGCUCAAGGCAACUGCCCAUAGAGCCGCUAUCAGUGAGCGAUGCCGCUACCGAGAUGCAUGCUAUCAGAGAUCUAUACAUCACUACUCAACAUUCUGGAUCAUAUGCAAGCAGCGCAAAGAUAUAAGGGUGAUUAAGAAUUUACCCCCUAAUGUCAAUGCAAAAAAAAACAUACAUUUCACAAGUGUAAAAUAGAGUAUCGCAAAUUGGCAUUCACCAUCCAUGUGUGUGUGGCUGUGUCCCCACUAGCUCCUCGACUUUCUUCCGCACAACUCAUGAGAGAUGCAUGCAGGUCUGGCUCCCUCUCCCUCCUGGAAUGUGCCGUUGGUGCCAUGUAUCUUGGCGUUUGUUCACAUAUAAUCCGAUCUUGAAUGAGCCUCAAGGUCGAA